AUGCUUGGAUUGAUCGAUUUGAACGCCAUCCGGUCUCUUCAAGUCGAGAACACCGAUCGCUCAACACAGCAGCUUGCGGGCCAGUUUUGUUCCCGGCUAGUAGAGUUUCUACUGGGGACAUGGGUUGACGUGGAUCCCCCUUCACGACAUAAUUUGCGAGUGGUAUUGAAGAGCAACCACGCUCACGGUCCGGCAGUCUAUACACGCAGUUCUGCCAUCAUCGAUCAUUCCUGGGAGCCCGAUGCAAGUUCAGAAGACAGAAAAGAUGACGAAUCAGGUGCCAGCGAGCUGGACUCCAUCGUGUCUCAAUUUGACCGCGAAUCCGACAGCGACUAUGAUCCCGACAAUGAUUUUGAGGAUGCCCUUUCUUAUGCCUCAUCUGGAUUGUCGGAUUACGAGUCUUGUCUGGAGACAACGAGCGAUCUGGAUUGGGACGAAUACAGUGACACAGGCGGCGAUGAAGACGGCGACGAAGAUGACAGCCUCGCAAUACAUGAUGCCUCUUGUUGCCAAAGGAAGUACCAGGCGGUGCGCGCCGUAUUCAUGAUCUGGGAUUUCCCCGGCUUCGUCCGCCUGGCGCAUGGUCCACAUACCGUCGAGCAAGAAAUGGAAGACCCGAUGGAAUCCUUCAGGGCCUACAACUACGAAGUGGAGCAGUUUACCAUUCCUUCGCACAACCGAGCCACGAGACUUCUGGGAAAGAUUCGCGAGUGCAAGACGUCAUUGAAAGCUGGAAACAAGCAAACAUACUGA